GAUCUGAGGCCCAGCGGAAGGCAGGUGCUUCCCAGUGAGCAGGGGCCACAACACGAGGAUUUGGUGAGGAGAGACCCCAGCCCCCGCUUCUGACUGUUCCCCCUAAGAGAGAUGGCGCCAGCCAGAGCAGGAUUGUGCCCUCUGCCGCUGCUCCUGCUGCUGGGGCUGUGGCUGGCCGAGGACCCAGUCGGUGCCAAGCCCAGAAACAUGACCUCAGCUCAGUGGUUUGAAACUCAGCACGUGCAGCCCAGGCCUCAGAGAUGCAACACGGCGAUGCAAAACAUCAACAAGUACUCCAGUCGCUGCAAAGGCCUCAACACCUUCGUGCAUGAAUCCUUCUCCGGUGUGGCCGCCACUUGUCAGACUCCCAGCAUAACCUGCAAGAGAGGCCGUAAAAACUGCCACCGGAGCCAGAAGCCUGUAUCCCUGACCGUGUGUAACCUCACCUCAGGGAGGUACCCAGACUGCAGGUACAAGGAGGAGCAACUGCACGCUGCUUACAUAGUGGCCUGUGACCCUCCCCAGAAAGGGGACCCCAGGAAAUUCAAGCUGGUUCCUGUCCACCUGGACGAUGUCCUGUAGGUUUCCAGCCAGCCGCGUGCUUGGGCCGCGCCUUCAAUCCCUCUGCAGGCCUCUGGACCACUCCUCCUCAGCCCAGAAGCUUCUCUUCUCACAUCUCUUGGGGCCCUUCCUAGCUCAGGCUCCUCUGAGCGGGUGGGGCUGUGGGGAGUUGAGG